AGACCCCUCUGCAGUCGACUGCCUCGUGUCAGCGACGAGUUUCUCCACAGUCGACUGCCUCUUAUCGUGGUUGCCAGUGACGAGUUUCUCUGCACUACUGCAGAGGAUCCAGUUUCGAAGAUCCAGUUCGGACGCUUCACCCAGCCGUCGCUGUCAUUGAGGGAGAGGCCGAGACCUCCGCCGUCUCCUGAAGCUCCUCCUACUGCUGGUGAAUCCCCCUCUUCUCCCCCCUGUCCGCUGCCGCUUGCCGCGUCCCAUCAUCGAUCUGGCAUCCAGAAGACCCGUCCCUCCCCUCUCGGCUUCACCUCUUCAUCCUCCCCUCGGCACCGUCGUUCGCCCGGGCUGUGGAGAUAUUUUUUUUUUUGCAGAUGUGGAGAAGUUCACCAGCAACCUCUGAUGUGUAUUUUGUUUGCUUUGGUGUGUGAAAUUUCAAUCCGUUUCUUGAAAAAGGCGAAAAGCAGGUUUAUUCGAAGCGGUUUCAUGGUAAUUUGUGCUUCCUUUCUGCUUUUUUCUAAAUCACUAAUCCUUGCCAUUCCUGCUGCAUAAGAUUUAUGAUCGAAAUGAUCAAUGUCCAGAUAUGAUGUUGACCGAAGAGUUGUUGAGCAAAGACAUGUUCCUGUUCCUCUCCCUGAGGAUAAAUUCCUAUGCAGCUUUAGCCAUAUAUUUACAUAGCUGUGAAGCUGUUUAAAGAUAAUUCAUUAGAUCGCAUGAAUUAUUUUUACGACUCAUAACUGAACCGGAUAAAUUCCAAAAUAAAUUAAUCUAAGAAGGCACGGUGGAUAUCUUAUUUCUCCCUAACUAUAUUGGUAACUAAGCAACCAAAAUUCUCCUCUUGUUUACAGCAAGCCGUUUCGCCAAGCUGAUAUUGGUGGCAUGGGCAAAAGGCAACUGGAGUGGAACGCCGAAUGCUGAAGCGUGGAAGCUGCGCAGAGCCGGCGCUGGACUUGCCUCCGCAGUGUGGACCCGGACCCGCAGGCGCACCCAUUCCGAAAUUUCCAAUUCCCGAGUCCCAACCCCACCUCCAUCGAUCCCCCCUACGCCGCCGCCUCCUACUCUGCUGCAUUAAAACGCAGCCCCCGCCCCAACCAUUCUCCUCCUCCACGUCUCCCCCACACGCCAACGCCAUGGACGUCUCCUCCCUCGCCGCCGCGGCCCCCUCCCUCGCCGCGCCGUCCCUCAGCCAGAAGCCCCCCCUCGCCAUCCCUCUCCAUCCCUCCCCCGCCCGCGGCGCUCUUCUCCCCCGCGCCUCCGUCGCCGUCCGCUGCGCCGCCCACCCGCACGCGUCCCCGCCCCUACGGCGCGCCGAUGGCGAGGGGGAGGAGGAGGAGGAGGAGGGCGGCGGGGGGAGCGGUGCCGCGCCUCCCCCCGCGCGCCUCCGCGUCCGCGGGAUCGUCGAGGAGUUCCGCGCGGCCCCGGACGCGGCGGGCCGCGCGCGCCUCCUCCUCGCGUACGCGGACGCGCUCCCGCGGCUCGGGGAGGCCGACCGCGUCGCGGCCAACCGCGUCAUGGGGUGCGUCGCGCAGGUGUGGCUCGUGGGGAGGUGCGACGCGCGGGGCCGGAUGAGGUUCGCGGCCGACUCCGACUCGGAGCUCUCGCGCGGGUACUGCGCCUGCCUCGUCUCCGCGCUCGACGGGGCCCGCCCGGAGGAGGUGCUCGACGUGGACCCCACCGACCUCGCGUCUCUCGGGGGUGUCGCCGCGGGGGCGCGGUCGCGGGCCAGCACCUGGCACAACGUGCUCGUCGGCAUGCAGAAGCGUGCGCGGGCGGCCAUCGCGGCGCGUGAGGGCAGGUCCCCUAGCGAGCCGUUCCCGUCGCUCGUCAUCGGCCGCGACGGCGCCGUCUGCGCUCAGGGCAGCUAUGCCGAGGCCCAGGCGAUGUUUUUAUCUCCUGAUGAAUCCAAAAUUUCAGAGCUUGUAAAAUACCUUAGGGAGAAAAAAGUGGGUGUUGUUGCACACUUUUAUAUGGAUCCAGAGGUGCAAGGCAUACUAACUGCUUCAAAGAGGCAUUGGCCCCACAUCCACAUUUCUGAUUCAUUGGUAAUGGCAGACAGUGCAGUGAAAAUGGCUGAAGCAGGAUGCAAAUAUAUCACAGUCCUAGGUGUUGAUUUUAUGUCAGAAAAUGUCCGUGCAAUACUUGAUCAAGCAGGAUUUAAUGAGGUUGGUGUUUAUAGAAUGUCCAGUGAUCAAAUUGGCUGUUCAUUGGCAGAUGCCGCUUCAAGUUCUGCAUAUACACAUUUUUUGAAGGAAGCAUCAAAAUCUCGUCCUUCUUUACAUGUUAUUUACAUCAAUACUUCUUUGGAAACAAAAGCUCAUGCUCAUGAACUUGUUCCUACAAUAACGUGCACUUCUUCAAAUGUUGUAGCAACUAUAUUACAGGCAUUCGCCCAAAUACCAGACCUUAAUGUCUGGUAUGGUCCUGAUUCAUAUAUGGGUGCAAACAUAGCAGAUUUAUUCCAGAGAAUGGCUGUUAUGUCAGAUGAGGAAAUAGCAGAGAUACAUCCCAGUCACAGCAACAGAUCUAUAAAUUCGUUGUUGCCACGGCUACAUUACUACCAGGAUGGUAAUUGUAUUGUUCAUGAUAUGUUUGGUCAUGAAGUUGUGGACAAAAUAAAGGAGCAGUACUGUGAUUCAUUUCUUACAGCACACUUUGAGGUCCCAGGAGAAAUGUUUUCUUUGUCAAUGGAAGCAAAGACGAGGGGAAUGGGAGUUGUUGGAUCUACUCAGAACAUCUUAGAUUUCAUUAAAAGCCAUUUAAAGGAAGCUUUGGAUAGGAACAUAGAUGAUCAUCUUCAGUUCGUGUUAGGGACAGAAUCAGGGAUGAUCACUUCUAUUGUUGCUGCUGUCCGUGAAUUGUUUGACUCUUAUAAAUCUUCUAAACAGAGUGCCAACAUUGAGGUUGAAAUCAUUUUUCCAGUUUCUUCAGAUGCUGUUUCUAAUAGAUCUGCCAAUGGUUCCCACCAUCUUGAGUCUUCAACAGAUACAGAUUUUGACAAAGUAAGUAUUGUUCCUGGUGUGAGUUCUAGCGAAGGUUGCUCUAUCCAUGGGGGCUGUGCGUCGUGCCCAUACAUGAAGAUGAAUUCUUUAGGGUCACUGCUUAAAGUGUGCCAUCAUCUUCCUGACAAAGACAACAAAUUAGCUGCCUAUCAGGCUAGCCGGUUCAAUGCUAAGACUCCUCUGGGAAAAUUGGUUGCAGAGGUUGGGUGUGAGCCCAUUUUGCAUAUGCGACAUUUCCAGGCAACAAAGAGAUUAUCAGACAAGCUUGUGCACCAGGUUAUCCAUGGUAUCGGAGAACCGACAUUAUAGUUCCUCCUGCAUUAUUAAUUUUGUCCACCAGGUUAUGGAAUAUACCCCCACAGUUACCUUGACUGAAUGCAAUCUUCACCUACAAACUCCAUUUUUGUGGCCAAUGAGAUUAUUCCUGUCUCUGGCUUUUUGCUAGCGGAGAGAAAAAUGUGCCCAGAAUAUGCAAGAGUAGAUAUAUUGAGAUGACGUUUUGUUCCCAUCAAAAUGUUCUCUCUUCAUAUAUGUAUGAAUGUGCGAAAGUUUACAGUUAUAAUGUACAACAGUUUUGUACGUUGCAUUAGACCUGCAGUAAAAAAACACAUCUGACCUACAGUAGUAGUGUUUGGAUAUCAUCUGCUUUGAAAAAGUGAAAGUUGAUUAAAAAGUGUGGCACUGAAAUAUUUUAUGUGUGUUUGAAUAAUC